GUCGUUUCCGAUGUCGAGUGUUCCUUGGUGUAAAAAACAUACCAGGUCCGGUCCGGGGCUGCGCAGAGGGAUACCAACAAAUCAAAGGCACUGCUCCCGAAUUCUUUAAGGCAAAUUCGGGAAUGGAUAGUGUGUCCUUUCUUAUGUUGGCACUAUGUUGGUACGAGCGGAAACAUUAACUGGAUGAUGUUCUUGUAAGGUAUAAUCUGUCUGGAUUUCCAUUUUGAAGAAAGGACUUCGGGAAUUUCACAUAAGCGGAUACGGGAGCGGAUAUGCAUGUCGAACUGAGGAGUUAGAAUCUUGAAACGCUGCAACGCCCAUGUCGCCGCGUUCGUGAUUCGCUUUGCAUGAUUCCCUGUGGAGGUGUUUUUGGUGUUCGUUUGUGUGGAGGCAAUUCCUCGUUGACAACAAAACACUCCCAAAGGGUUUUGGUAGGGAGAACUGAAAAUGAAGUUUGGUGUCAUAUUCGUGGUGCUUGUAUGUUGUCUGCUCAGUGGAGAAGCCCAAUUUCCAGAAGAAUGUCACCCUGACCAAUGUCCAGCUAACGAGCCGUGUUACAACAGAUACUACUCAACAGCCUCGGAAUAUGUUUGCCAGUGUGACAAUAAUAAUGUUGGGUACGACUGCUCUGUUGAUGUUUUCGCUACGUCUCAGCAAACCUGUUACGGUUCAUCUUGCACGAAUGGAAUCUUCACGUCUCCAAACUGGCCCUCAGAUUACGACAACUUAGAUGCAAGGGUCUAUCUCAUCUUCGUCCCUCUUGCAAUUCGUCUGUCCUUCACAUUCGACCCAAACUUUGCCGUGGCCUUUGGUGACGAGCUUUACAUAGGGGCAGGGUUGACAUUCAACAUCGAUUCGGACUUGAAUGCCGCGAGCGACCCAGCAAAGCAGGUGUAUUUUUUCAGGGGGAACUCAGCCCCGAGUGAAAUAAAGCUCGAUACAGAUUCUGCGUGGUUGUUUUGGCGUACUGAUAAUGUUGGAACAUCGGCUGGGUUUCAAGUAACAUGGGAAGCUACACUAGAUGCCAUCCCACCAGACGUAAAUUGCCCCGAGGACCAGUUCUUUGAUGUCAGCGCUGGUACAACGUCUUCUCAAAUCUUUUACGAGGAACCCACAGCUUCGGACAAAGGACAAGUGAGAAUCCUCGAUCAGUCUCAUCGUCCUGGAGAUUUGUUUCCUUCGGAUGAUAAAACUAUAGUUGUCUAUAGGUUUGAAGAUGCAUCAGGCAAUGUCGCUCCCGCAUGCCUGUUCUACGUAUAUGUACUAAUGGACGAUGAUAACAUUCCGCCCGUUGUUGAUUGUCCGGAUGACUUCACGGAAUACGUCCAGCUUGGUGUGACAUCAGCAGAAGUGUUCUUUAAUGAACCAAAGGCAGUGGACAACGGAGGUCCUGCACAUAUUUUUGCUUAUACCCAUGAACCCGGGGAUACGUUUCCUCUUGGAUCUACCCUAGUCUCUUAUACCUACGUAGACAUCGCUGGGAACUUAGCUCCGGAUUGCUUAUUUAAUGUCAUUGUCGAAGAUAUUUUAGAAGACACUACCCCACCGGUGGUGAACUGUCCUUCGGACAUCAGCAGACCAGUUACCUUUGGGAUGUCAUUCCUUGAAGUCACCUUCCCGGAUGCCACGGCGACGGAUAACUCGGGCAUGGUGUCUUUUGUCAGUGUGUUUCCUCCGUCAGGCAGUUCUUUCUCCCUCGGGACAACAGACGUCACAUUCAGCUUCAUCGACCCGAGUGACAAUAUAGGAAGCUGUACAUUUACCGUUACGAUUUAUGUAGCUGAUGCAACACCUCCAGAUGUGACCUGUCCUGCGGACAUAGAUCGGUCAGUGCCCCGAGGAGUUACUUCUCUUGAGGUAUUCUUUCCAAAUGCAGCAGCCACGGAUGACUCCGGUACCCCGUCUCUAGUCAGCGUGGACCCUCCAUCUGGUAGUUCAUUCCCGCUUGGACCAACUGAAGUCAGAUUCACAUUUGAAGAUGAUGCUGGAAAUGAAGGAUUUUGCACGUUUGUCAUUACUAUAAACACAUCACCCGAUACAACUCCUCCAGUGGUGAUCUGUCCACAAAACAUCACCCGUUCGGUGCUUCCUGGAGCUACCUCUCUUGAGGUGUUCUUCCCAAAUGCAACAGCCACAGAUGACUCUGGUACGACGUCUCUAGUUAGCGUGGACCCCCCAUCUGGCAGUUCGUUUCCGCUUGGACCAACUGACGUUAGAUUCACGUUUGAAGAUGACGCUGGAAAUGAAGGAUAUUGCACGCUUGUUAUUACUAUUACAACAUUACCCGAUACAACUCCUCCAGUGGUGAUCUGUCCCUCGAACAUCACUCGCCCGGUGCUUCCCGGAGUUACCUCUCUCGAGGUGUUCUUCCCAACUGCAACAGCCACGGAUGAAUCUGGUACAACGUCUCUAUUCAGCGUGGACCCUCCAUCAGGAAGUUCAUUCCCGCUUGGACCAACUGAAGUCAGUUUCGUGUUCAAAGAUGAAUCUGGAAACGAAGGCUCUUGCACUUUCUUUAUUUCUAUAGUCACAAGCACAAUACCCGAUACAACUCCUCCAGUGGUGAUCUGUCCCCCAAACAUCACUCGCCCGGUGCUUCCUGGAGUUACCUCUCUUGAGGUGUUCUUCCCAACUGCAACAGCCACGGAUGAAUCUGGUUCGACGUCUCUAGUUAGUGUGGACCCUCCAUCUGGAAGUUCAUUCCCGCUUGGACCAACCGACGUUAGAUUCACAUUUGAAGAUGGUGCUGGGAAUGAAGGAUAUUGCACGUUUGUCAUUACUAUAAACACAUCACCUGAUACAACACCUCCAGUUGUGACCUGUCCUGCAGACAUAGAUCGGUCAGUGCCCCGAGGAAUUACAUCUCUUGAUGUAUACUUCUCAAAUGCAACAGCCACAGAUGACUCUGGCAUGACGUCUCUAGUUAGCGUGGACCCUCCAUCUGGUAGUUCGUUCCCGCUUGGACCAACUGAAGUCCGAUUCGUAUUUCAAGACGAAGCUGGAAAUGAAGGAAAUUGCUCGUUUGUAAUAACUAUAAACACAAUACCUGAUACAACUCCUCCGAUUGUAACCUGUCCUCCAAACAUCACGCGUUAUGUGCCUUCUGAAGUGAGCUCUCUUCAGGUAAACUUCUCAAGUGCAACAGCCACAGAUGACACCGGCACCACGUCACUCCUCAGCGUGGAGCCUUCGUCCGGCAGUUCCUUUCCUCUUGGAACAACUGAAGUCAGAUUUGUGUUCCUAGAUGAAGUUGGAAAUGAAGGAUUCUGCACUUUCGCGAUUACUAUAAUCAUGCUUGACACCAUUCCACCGGAAGUGACGUGUCCUUCCAACAUUACCCGGUUCGUCCCUCAAGGAUUGGAUUCUCAGAGAGUUGUCUUCCCAUCUGCAACAGCCAUUGACAAUUCCGGAAAGACGUCUUUUGUCAGUGUGGACCCUCCUUCGGGUAGUCCAUUCCCUCUUGGCUCGACGGAAGUCAUAUUUGAAUAUUCUGAUCCCAGUGGAAAUGUCGGAAGCUGCUCGUUUUUCAUCACCAUCAAUCCAUUAGGGCCGACUAGUUGCGGUGGCUCAACAUGUGCGAACGGGGCGACUUGUGUGACCUCAGCAGAUAGUUUUCAAUGUGCAUGUGUUCCAGGCUUUGUAGGCAGACAGUGUGAAAUUGAUAUCAAUGAGUGUUCAAGUUUACCCUGUAUGAAUGGAGGAACCUGCAUCGAUGGUGUUGAUCGAUUCUCAUGCCUCUGUCGUCAGGGUUUCUCCGGUAUCAACUGUGAAAAGGUUGACAUUUGUGAUCUGGAAGGUGAUUGGUACAACGAAUGCAAUGAUCGGCUGAGUCUCUCACCUACCUCGACCGGUCUAAUCCUAGGCUUUUAUCACACCAACAAUGAAAUAACUACAGGAUACACCGAUCCGACGGUCGUCAUAGGUUACAUCAACCUAAAGUGCUAUUUCUCAUCCUUUGGGUUUAUAGUUAGUUGGAACAAGGGCCAAUCUACAGGCGGUUGGUCGGGUCAAUGCCAUUUAUGUGAUGGUCAAGAAGUUCUUUAUACUACAUGGACCACCAGGUUACGAGUUAAUACUUGUGACGACACUAGAUUAGCUACACGAGUUGGACAAGAUAAAUGGACUCGAUACAAGCAACAUCCUGCUCCGCGUGAAGCAUGACAACAAUGUAAAUUUUAAAAUUAUAUUUCUUCGCCAUGUCUCGGUUUCUGUCAAAGAUCAAGUCCACCCUCACAAACUUGAAUUGAUAUAGAAACUCUAAAAGGAAUAAUGCUGAAAUUGUCAUAAAAAUCGGAUGUGAAAUAUAGACAACUUCGACGUUUCACAGUAUUUUUUCCAUUCACAAAGCAGUACAGUUCAAAACACGCUGACGGGUUUGAUAAUGAAUUAUAUUGAACUGAAUUAUUUAUUAUUAUAAUGGAAAACGGUUUUAUUUAUAGAUGAAUUAUGGAAUUGCAAUUGUUAUGACACGUAAUAAAUAAACCAUGGGGUUCUUGUUGUCAAAUUUACAAAAUUCAAAUAUUCUGUAUAUUUCUUGUAAUAAAAUACAGAAACAGUGAGUGUUCGAGUGUGAUAUAACCGGUUCUUUUAUUUUUGCAUAAGAACCGUCUGAUGUUCUAAUGAUAUAACUGCAACUUUUAAAUCGUAGAUCUUUCUCUUUUUGCAUGUUUUAUAUUCAAUUUUGAUGGAAUUUUCCGCGUGAGACUUGUUUCAUAUAAAAUUUGAUUUUUUUCAUAUCAAUUUGUUGUUGAGGGUGGACAUGACCUUAUAAAGGACUCAAUAUACAACGAAAAUAUAUAUGCCGCAUGUAUAUUUCUGUUUGAAAUACCGGAGGGGAGUAUCAUUGCUAUAAUUUGGACAUGAAAUGACGUUACAAUGUUUUUAGAUGGUCGAUGUUGGAUUAUUUUAUGAUGACUAUUGUCGGAAAUAAGAAUUUAAUCAGAAAAUGAUUAAGUAAACAUAGGAGAUUUGAAAAUAUAAAUUUCUACAUGUAUUCAUUAAGUUACCGUGAACAAAGGUCAUUGAUAAAGAUUUCCACUUCUUCAAAAUUCCGUUUGCCCGGUAUUGUCAAAAGAAUUUAUCAGUCACAUCUGCAUGUCAUUACAAAUAUCAUACAAAUGCAUAGAUUAAAUAAUUUGAUAUUUUGUCAACCCAAUUAUAAUCUUAUACAUCAUAAUAUCUUAUUUCAAAUCUUCCCAUGUGCCAUGGGUCCGUGAAAACAAAUUGUUUAGAAAUAAAAUAUAUUAUGAAAAGGAAGUUGAAAUCAUGAUUAUUUUUAUGAAGUAAACCUUUUUAAAUGGUAUGUUCAUUCAAUUUGCUACGCUAUUGUGCUUUCAUGCUUUCACAUGCCACUUUUUAAUUAUAAUUUCCGGCGAUUUUUUUUUUUACAAAUUUCUCUUAGAUUCAAUUAAUACGUAUUAAUUCAUCUCAUAUUAGAAAUUUGGCUGUUAGCACAGUACUUGAUUCUUAAAAAAAGGUUUCCUUUUAUUUUUCAUUUCACUAUACUGUUCCCAAAUGAAAUACAUAGUUUAGUUCAGUGUCGAGACAUAUCCUUUCCUUAUAUGUAAAUAUAUCUAUUUAUAUUAGUGGGAAGCAACUAUAUUGUAUUCAUGUUUUAGAACAUUUUAUCGAUCAAAUAAUAUCAUUGUUGAAAUUAUUCUCCAUAGAUUGCUUGAUUUAUGUACAUGUACUUAAAUUGUUAUAUUUUAACUUUUGUGACAUCUAGAAUAACAAAGGAUUGAGAAUUGAUAAUGUAUGUUUUAUUCAGAUAAUGCAAUAUAAAUCAUUGUUUUGAAUUAAUUUGAUUUUUUAUUUGAAUUAUUUUGAAAUCCUGUCAUGAGUAUAUACUCAGAAGUCAUUCGUUGCAAAGACUAAUUUGAAAGAAAAAAAAUUAUCUAAAUGCAUUCCAAGCUAUUGAUGAAUAUUUAGAUUUAUUAAUCGCUCUUUGUCGUAAGUUUUAUAGUUAAUUGAAAGAUCCAUGUCUCGACAAUCAGUAUCUUUUUUUUUCUAUUUAGGCCUACGUUCUACGGCUACCAAUGAAUAUAAUAUACAUAAAGUAGUGGUCAAACCGCCAGAACUUUGCUGGAGCGGUCCUUUAACGGUAGGGAGAGGGGGUCGAAUUUCGACAACGCUCGU